UAUAGUAAAGUUAAUUCUCACUUGAACUUUAUACUAAAAUAAAUAAAUAGAAAUGUUGAAAAUUGUGAAUUUUAUAUUUCCUGUAUUGAUCAUAAUAAUGACGGUGGUGGUAAUACGUAUUCUUAUGACAUUACCAUACGAGUUUAAAGCCAAGAAGUCAAGUACAGUAUCAACCGUCGGUAAAAAACAAUUGCCAGCCGAUAAAGUCGUCGAAUAUGACCCGACGGUAGAACGUGUCAAAAGAUCACUAGUAAAUCUAAAAACAAGGGACGACAAGUACGAAUCUAUACCUCACAAAAUUAAUGAUAAGACGUGGAGUACUUUUGAUGAAUUUAAUAAUUUCUUUGAGAAGGUUGUAGAUUACGAUACUAGGAUUGAAUCGAUUAUAAAAAUUAUUGAGUACUGUUACGGUAAUCCACAGGAAAAUACUAAAUAUGUUUGGAUAGUCGAUACCAGGGUUAGAAAAUUAGCCGAUAAGUUAUCGACUGCUGAUUUCACUAUCGAUGGACCUCUUAAAGAAAUUAAGGAUAACAUUAAUGAAAUGGAGCACUACGCAUUGAGAUUAUUAGCGAUGUACAUUUAUUUCGGCGAAGAUAAAUCGGUAAAAGACAAAUGUCGCCGUGAGAUAUUAAGAUUUAUACCAGCGGUCGAUAAAUUUAUCAACCAAAAUAUUACAGACCAAAGCGAUAUCUUCAGACUAACAGUGUUAAGAUUAUUGGCAAAUUACGGUCACGAUAAUGAUAAAUUCGAGACCGAUUUCCAGGAUCCGAAAGUUCAAUCUGCUGUUGAGUAUUCUCUUGACUUUGAGAUAAGUGAAUUUGAUGAACUUGCAGAUAAAACCCUGUAUGAAGACGACUCUUAUUUGGCUCUCGAUUGUGCUGUCGACUAUACUGACCUUUUAGUAAGUGCCUCGACAUUCGAGAGGGCGCUAAUGGGAUUUCAGUACCCGUCAGCUAAAUAUAAACGCAUUGAAGUCAUUUUGUCUAAAUUGUUGCAUCCAACGAUUCCCUAUUUGCCAUUUGGAAUCUUCGGUUGUACCGGCGAUCGGUACAAUUUUAUCAACGACUUUGGGUGGGACGUCAAAGGGAAGCUGGGCGUCUAUACAUUUCCACUCAUCGGCCUCGGAGUAUUCAAAACAGAAAAAUUUAUGUUUUCACUCCGCGUACAGAUAGGUGGUAUACCGAUUUCGCUGGCUAAUGAUAAAAAAUGCGCGGAGCUGUCUCUCGGUUGGUUACAGAUGCGUAAAAUGUACGUCAAUGGUUACUCGUACGACCGGGAACUGAUUUGGGAUAAGUUGAAAAAUGAGCCAGGUGUGCUUACGAUCGAUGAAGAAGAUUACCAACAUUUACUGGCAGAGGAUGUCUUCGGAAAUGGUAAAGUUUAUGAAUGCGUGAAUAUUGACUCGUUCAUUGGACAAUUGACUAAACACAAACUGAUGUUUUGGGGAAAUAAUUAUAAAUUUGAAACGUUUUAUGGCGACUGUACUAUUAAGGAAGUUGGUGUCGUUACUAAUAAUGGCGCCCAGAUAAGUUAUUCAAUUGAAAAUAAGUCAGCCAAAGUUCUUAAAUUUCGUUGGAAAGACGAAUACUCGGGAUUUUCUGAGCACAAAGUUACUGGUGCAUCCACAGAAGAUAAUUUCGUUGUAGUGAAUCCAAAAGGUGGAGGUGAUGAUUAUGUACCGACUAAGUUCACCCUGCACAUGAUGAUUGAGGGUAAGGAAGAUUAUCAAGUUAUCAUUGGGGACUCUAAGGAUAAAAUGUUGACCUUUAGAUAUGCUGGAGAAAAUUAUUACGUAGAACGUAUGGAUAAAGAUGGCGAGCUUUUUAAGUGCUCCGCUAAAGUUAAUGAUUCAGCGAAUCCAUCUUACGUAAUUGUUGGUCAUACAAGUAGCAUCCCCGAAAAAACGAUAGAUUUAAAAGGUGUAAAAUAUCCACGUGAUGAAGAAACUCUUAUGUAUAUUAUUAAGUCGUAGUAAUUAUUAUGAUUAAUGAAAUUUCAUUGCCGACAAUCUAAUUAAUUCGAAGAAUUUGUAAUGAGAAAUUUUUUUUUAAUGCC